AGAUUAACUCGGAAUACCUCGAAUCGGAACUUCACCUCCAAAACCUUCCUCAGCUUAGGAACCUCAACUUUGCUGUUAGAAUUCAAUUUCUCUCCCCUCUCAAAUAAUACUUCGCAUCUCCUUCCUCCUCCUCUUAACACCCUAACAACAAAAUCAGCAUCUUGUAGUUGUACUUGUAGAUAUGUAGUUGUAUUUCUAGUCGACGCUACCUCUGCCAACCACCUCUUCUUUUCUGCUGCUGAUAUUCUGGGUACCUUAUUGGUUUUUUGGUAAGCUUAUCCUGUAAAGGGUGCUAUUCAUUAGAAGCACUCAAUCGAUCAAGUAACACUGGUUGGGUUUGAGAGAAGCACUCAAUCGAUGGCGUUGAGACGUGCUCUUGGGUGGUCUGAUGGAGAGCUAAUGCGAACAGAUUGCAAACCUUGCUCAAGAUUAAUGAGACAAACAGCUGGGAUUUUUACAGUUGGUGGAGCAUUGGGGUUUUGGGUCUUGUGUAGACUGCACUAUGGAUCAAGAGUUACAAUUCCCAGAAGUCUGAGGUGGGCAGCUUGUGGAGCUGUAUCAGUUAGCUCAACAACGGCUCUUCUGGUUCGCCUUUUUAGCCCUGAAUGUGAACCCCAGAACAUAGCUGCUUAUGAUAAUAAAAGAUGAUCACAGCAAUUUAAGAUGUACGGAGUAUUCCCCUUUACAGAAGUGUCUGUGUAAAAAGCUUCUGAUUACGUAAGUAUCACAACUUCAGAAUUAGUCUUUGAUUAAUCAUCAGUAUAUUGUCAUCUUUGGAUAAAUACUCCUUUCGAACUGGUUGGCACAAUCUUAUCAUUUUUAUGUUGAGAACAUUUUUCUCUUUGGAGCUUAUUUAAACUAGAAAAUAUGUUUAUUCUAGCAAAUUACUUACUUCUGUAUAAGUUCAAGUCCAACAAGAAAACAAAAAUUCGGCGAGAAUAAGUUAAUUUCAGGUAAGAAAAUAAAAUAAGUUUCAGCUCCUAAAAACAGGUCUGAUAGUAUACAAGUCUUGCUUAUCAGAACCAACAGGUUGAAAAUUGACACAAAGAAAGAGAUACAUGUAUAAUCAAAACCAAACUACAAGUGGGUCGGGCCGGACGGGUAUUGUAUCCAGAGGUUGGAUGGGUAAAUCUAUGCAGGGGCUGGACUAAUUUUCUCCCCUGAUUCAGCUGGAUUCUCAUUCCACUUUAGCCAAAGUACAGGCUUGUUAUUCUUAAUAUCCAAAACAUUAAUGCCCUGAUCUGUUAUAAUCCAAGUACAAUCUUGAUAAUUACAAUAACGAUAAAAAUCAUCUUUUUCCGAAAAAACUUUACUAGACACGUAACCAUAUCUCGACCAAACAUCGCACCAAUAAAGGGUUGAUUCAAAAAUAUUGGGAGUGAAUUUCCAUGUAAAUUCUUGCUUAUUUUCAAGUAUGCUCUGCCCUAGAUCAUCAUCCUUGGAUUUGCAUUCAUAUCUCAUAGGUAGAUUUUCUGGCAAAUCAUUCCUUAAUGUCACAUGAGUGUACCAACUAUCUGGCCAUCCUAGGAUGACUUCAUAUUGGUUUGAAAUCACUAUUAUAAACAUCAUCAAAACACAACAACAUUUAUCCAUAGUAUUGUUCUUUUGAGAUUUUUUUUUAAAAAAACUUUUUUUUAAAAAGUAUUUUAACUUUUUUUUUUAUUAAGCUCUUGAUCGUUUUGAAAAUAAUUCGAUAUAUAUAAAUAUGUGUUACAUUGCUAUAAUUGUAUGGUGAGAAAUAUGUGUAGUUUCCAAUUUUCACUCUUUGAUUGCCCUUGUAAUUUGGGGCAGUCAUUGUUUUUUAUAUGAAACUUGUAAAAAUAAAAGGGCAUAUUUUGGUGAUUUUUUAAUUUGGGAAAGUCGAACAUGUGGUUUAGCUUGGCUUAUUGAGGUUUCCUUGUUUAGAGAUUACCUAUUUUAGCAUUGUUUAUCAAAGAAUGUUUUUCAACUUCCCACAAAAAUUUAAUGAAGUCUUUGUGAGAGUAUGUAAAUGCAUGUGAAUAUGUGAUAUAUGCAAUAUGCUAUAACUCAUAUUUUAUGCAUUUCUCGUGGGACAAAAACUUAAAGUCAAUGGCAUAAUCUUUUAAUUUUGUUUCUGACUCCAAUUAAUAUGAACUUUUAAUAAAAUAAAACCAGUUAUGAUAAGGGUAUUCACUGGUUCGGAACUGGAGUAGACAAAGAUCAAAAAUUUAAUAACGUAAGAUUAGAUAAACGAAUUGUUUUUUUUUUUUUUUUUUUGAUGCAUAAGAGGAUAGAAAUUCAAAAGAAAGAAAAUUGCAAAUAAACUAAAAGCACCUAGUGAGGAAUAAGGCGUGGAAAAGCCACUCCUCUACUGUCCUCGUCUAAAAUUCUAGUGAGAGGUAUAGGAAUAUCCACUAGGACCAUGAUCCGUUGAGGUUGAGUCACUUCUUGGUUAGCUAGCCAGUUCGUUGCACGGUUCUCUUCCCUGUAGAUAUGCUCCACCCGUACUUCCCAACUAGCGUCACUAAGCAUGGACCAACAAUGAUUUAAUAGGUGAACACAUUCACCCCUUUGAGUAGUUGAGUAUUGUCAUUUUUCAAUGCUUGCACGCAAAAAAGGCUAUCUAGUUAACAAAUACCUCCUUUGAUUUUGGAGGUCUAUUACCAAGCAACGUAUCUUCCCCGUACAACACUUUCCUUGUCUCAUCGAACCGAACUUGUAAGAACGCCCCUGUGUCAAUUGGGAUUUCAUGACUACGAUAAAAAAUAAAAGCAGUUGCGCCACCUCCAAAUCCACCAUAUAGCAAUGCAGAAAUAAGUUGGCCAUAUUACUACAUUUGCAGCAUUUGUAUAUUCAAGGUUAUUCGUCAUCUGAAAAACAAAUUGUUUAUGCUUGGGCCAAAACCAGACUGGCCAACUAGUCCAAACUUUGAACCAGUUCUUUUAGACUUUUUUCUAUCAUUUUUUUCUUUUUUUUACCCAUAAAAUACUAAAAAGUAAAAAAAAAAAUAUUGUACACUGCCAUUUUCUAAAGAGAAAUAUAAAUAUUUUAUAAUAUGUGAUGUUCUCACUAUAUUGAAGGAGAAAUUAGUCAUUUAGUUGUUUGUAUAUAUAUUUAUUAAGUAAAAGUUAAUCUGGUCUAAAACUGGAUUUUGAAAAGUUAUAUACAAGAUCGAAUUAGUUGUUUUUAGUUCAUCCUAGUUCAACCCAGGCAGAUUUUUAAACACCACUAGUUAUAAAAAUUCAAUACGUUUAUAAAAGGCAAAUUUGUUAAAAAGGACCUUUUAUAACCCAAAUUUUGCGAGAAAGGAUCUUAUAUAAUUUUUUUUGAAAUUACACCUUAAUAUAAUUUUUUUUGCGAGAAAAGACCUUAUAUAACUUUUUUUUUUUGUAAAAUUACACCUUAAUGUAAUUUUUUUUUGCGAAAGACAACCAAAAGUAAAUUUCGGGCAUUGACUUAGCUUUUUCGGCCAUUGACUUGCACGUGAGAAGCACGUGUGACUUUAUUUUUGCUAAUCACAUCCAAUUUUCCUCCAAAAUUCUAAGCUUUAAAACCUAAAGUUGAAAAAAAAAUCGAAAUAAAAUCAAGUUCGAAAAUUCAAGACUCGGGAAAAUCAAUGUCUUUAGCCAACGUAAGCCACGCGUGCUGCUCACGUGCAAGUCUAAGGCCGGAAAAGCUCAGUCAAUGUCUGAAACUUCCUUAGGUCCUUUCUCACAAAAAAAAAUUACUUUAAGGUGUGUUUUUACAAAAAAAAUUAUAGGUACAAAAAAUUCAAUACGUUUAUAAAACCACCUCCCAAGAAAGAUGUAAUCAACCGGAACUAUUUUAAAACCUAGUACAAUCUCACCAAAAUAAGCGCAAAACACAACAGAAUGUAUAUCCACCCCUAACCACCCGGUAAACCUAUGAAACAAUAACGGCUACAAAACCUCCUAUAGCCAGUCACCUUGAAACAUUCCACCCUAACGGUCACCUUUAUCUCUUUUAAAAACCAUAACUCUUCUUGUUCAUUUCUACCACUCUCAAAACUCUUCUUUCUCGAUCUUCACUGUAAUAAUCUCCAUUUUUGUCGUUCCAAAAAACUCAGUAAAAUUUACAUUUUAAUACAACAAACAUUCCCAAUCAUUAACUACUUGAGAAAAUCAGUGGAAAAAUCAUUAAAAUUUCUUCAAUUUAGAAAGUGAAAAUGCAUAGAUUUGUUGCAGUUUUUGUUGGGUUGGUUUUAUUAUGCCAUUUGAUUACUCCCACAAAUUCACAAUCUUCCCCUACUCAUUCUCCUGCUGCUUCACCCUCGUCACUUCCUAAGAAAUCGCCGAUAUCUCCCGUGCAUUCCCCGGUGAUGUCUCCGGUAGAACAUUCUCCUGCGAAGUCUCCUUCUCAAUCAUCCCACAUUGUCUCGCCGCCGCCGUCUGAAUCAGCGAAGUCUCCUUCUCAAUCAUCCCACAUUGUCUCGCCGCCGCCGUCUGAAUCAGCGAAGUCUCCUUCUCAAUCGUCCCACAUUGUCUCGCCUCCGCCGUCUGAAUCACCUUCGUCCACUUUUUCAUCUCCGGUGAUUUCUCCGGCGGCUUCACCGUCCUUGUCGUCGAGUGUCUCUCCUCCAACACCAACUCCUGUCUCGUCUCCACCCGUGAUUGCCCCUGUUUCGCCGGUCUUUGGAAAUUCUCCUCCAGUUAGUUCUCCGGCAGAGGUUCCGGCUGUUGCAGAGUCUCCAGCGGAUGUACCAGCAAUUUCCGCGAGUCCGACCGAGAACAUCCCCUCGAGUUCUGCGCCUCCGGUGGAGGCGCCGUCCGGGGUUGUACCCUCAGUGGCGAGUUCGCCGGGAGUGUCCUCGCCCGAGGCGGCGGAGGGACCAAUGCCAAAUGCUGAUGACUCUGGAUCAGUGGCUAAGUUUGGGGUUGGAAGUAUUGUUUUGAGUGGGCUGGCUGUUUUGGUUGCCAUGGCUGUUUAAGAGAUUAAGAUAUGAUUUUAAUUAGUAUUUAAUUCAUUUAUGUAUUUAUUAUUAGUACUCUUACUGGUUUUUUUUAGGAAAAAUUGACAAAGGCAGUCCCAACUAUGAACGUUUAUCUUUAAAAGGGCUCAACUACGAAUUAUUACUGGCAGGUCCAAACUAUACAGGUUGUUAACUUUGUAUGGUCCCAUCCUGAAAAUGACCGACUGUAACAAGUAAACUUGAUGAUGUGUACGGUUAGUGCUACUUAAAUGACAAGUGUCACGUUUUAGUUGGUUGUUUGA